UUGGAGAGGCUUCCUGUUCUCACGGCGCCUGUGAUGGCGUGCAUGUGGCGCGUGUGGCAGCGGCACUGCGUGCUCGCAGCGCGGCUCCGAAAUACGGACAGGCCACACGAGUUGGCGGGUGUUUCAUUCAGGUCCUUCAGCACUAAAGCAGCACCUCACACAACGAGGAUGGAAUAUCAGGAUGCUGUAUGCACUCUGAACACGUUGCAGACCAAUGCCAGUGCUCUGGAACAAGUGCGACAGGAGCGUGGCCAUCCGCAACUACAGCUCCAGGCCAUGGUCGGCUUCCUUGAACGGUCCGGUCUCACGGUGGAUAAGCUUGAUCAUCUCAAUAUCAUUCAUGUGACUGGCACAAAGGGCAAGGGAUCAACAUGUGCCUUCACCGAGCACAUUCUGAGAAGUUAUGGUUUCCGUACUGGAUUUUACAGCUCUCCACACUUGGUCCAAGUCAGGGAGAGGAUACGUAUAAAUGGACAACCUAUUGGAAAAGAACUCUUUGCUAAAUACUUUUGGCAGGUGUAUGGGCGGCUGUAUGAAACUAAGGAGGUGAAUGGGGGAACAAUGCCAGCAUAUUUUCGUUUUCUCACAAUUUUGGCAUUUCAUGUGUUUCUCCAGGAAAAGGUAGAUUUGGCUAUCAUUGAAGUUGGAAUAGGAGGGGCGUAUGAUUGCACUAACAUUAUUAGGCGACCAUGGGUCUGUGGCAUCUCCUCUCUUGGAAUAGACCACACUCAGAUUUUGGGAGACUCUCUGGAAAAGAUUGCCUGGCAGAAGGGAGGGAUCUUUAAGCCAGGAGUUCCAGCAUUCACAGUGAAACAACCUGAAGAGGCCAUGGCGGUGCUAAAAGACAGAGCAAAAGACAUUGGUUGUUCACUGCAAGUGUGUCCAAGUCUCAUGGACUAUGACACAGACAGUGGCCCUCUAAGGCUGGGGCUCGCUGGACAACACCAGCAGCCAAAUGCUUCCCUCGCCCUCCAGCUCAGUCAUACGUGGAUGCAAAGAAGGUGUCUUCCGGGUAAAAGAGCUUUUCAGACUCAUGAUUGGAAUUCUGCUGGAUGUCAAGCCACUACCUUCAAACUUAGCCCAAUCAUGGUGAAAGGGCUGGCAGAGACUGAGUGGCCGGGAAGAAAUCAAACUCUUAAGCAUGGUCAAAUCACAUACUUUUUGGAUGGAGCUCACACCAUGCGCAGUAUGCUUGCUUGUGUGCAAUGGUUCAAAGAAACUGCAUCCCACCACGAACUGACUGCAAGUGGUCCUGUGGCUAGAGUGUUGCUGUUCAACUCCACUGGAGAGAGAGACUCUGCAGCCAUGUUAAAACUGCUAGUGCCAUGUCAGUUUGACUUUGCAGUGUUUUGCCCUAACAUCACAGAGACCAUUGCAUCAUGCAGUGCUGAUCAACAGAACUUCAAUGUCUCUGUUGAGAACAUGCUGACUCGUUGCCUGGACAACCAGAGCAGUUGGCGUCUGCAUAACAGCAGCCCCCCGGGCCUCACUGGUCCUCAGAUUCUGAUUGGAGACACCCUUCGUAUGGUCAACGAGAAAAAGGCAGAGACGCAGGUUUUCCCCUGUAUACUCAGUAGUCUCCAAUGGAUUGCUCAGGGCAGAGAUCCUGUGCUUGUGGACUCAGGCAAACCACAGUUACCAAUGAAAACCAGUGUUAUGGCCAAAGCUGCACUGCUUCGUGAAAUAAAUGAAAUCCAUGUGCUCAUCACAGGUAGCUUACAUUUAGUAGGUGGUGCUCUCAAACACCUAGACCCUGCCAUGUCUAAAUAAUGAGGCCUUGUGUUUGGGUUAAUGUUUUUAGAGGAAUCUGAUAGUUUUGCCAGUUAAAUGAGGACUCUUAAUCCAAGGCAGCUUCACCCUGCUUCACCCAGAGCCUUACACUCUAGUCUCUAAAUAAUUUUUAGUCUUACUUGAAAUUUAAAAGUUUACAUUAACCAUUAUUGGAUAAGUCACAUUGAAUAAUGUGAGCAUAUGGGGCUCAACUGGGAUUUUUUUUUUUUUUUUUUCAUUUGAACACAGAUGGUCUCUUUGUAAUUUACAUUGUUAUACACAUGUACUAAACUAAAUACACUAAUAUACUAAAUCAAUGCCCUCAUUGUUGCUGUACACAAGAUCAUGUUGAUUCAAGGUUAUUAUUUUGGGGUAACUUCUAUCAGAUAUUUAAGCUUAAAUGACAGUCCUACAUAAAUUGUACGUGUGUGUUAACUGUUCAUUCAAAGGAAUGGUCAUGGAUUUGUCAUUUUUAAGAUGGGUAUAUUGUGAUGAAUGUGGAAAAUUCUUACAACUGUGUAAUUUUUUAAACAAAAAUUGAAAUAUAUUUUAUCUAAAGUAUUGUACAUGUGGCCUUUACAGUACUUGUUUUCACAAUUGCAUAUUUUCCACAUUAAAGACUGUGUAAAGGUA